AUGCCGACUGAUGUGUCAUCAGUGCGUGCUUUGUACCCCUUAAUCGAGCAGAUUCUACUGGAACCUACCAAGGAAUCUCGUUCGAGAGCUGAGACUACUAUACGUGCUAGGACAUCAUCUCCGUGGCUCGAAGAGCUCAUUCAACUAGUUACUUAUGCGUCGGAGUGUGAUGUGUACAGGGGUGUGACCCUUUUGGAUCGUUGCAUGGGCGGAGGUGUUUUAUUGAACGUUUCCGAUGCUAAUGCUGGCAGCUCAUGUAGGUCGCUUUACGACCAUUUCAUACGCCAGAUUGUUACUUUCGUGGACUCUGGGGCACGUGAAGGCCUUGAACAACUCUACGUGCUCGCUGGUGUGGUCUUAUUGCUGAAUAUAUUUGUUCGAGUGAAUUGGACUGGCCCUCCGUGCGGUCUUGCAACAGAGUCUGACAAAUAUUUAGCUUCACGAUACCGUGAUAAAGUCGUAGACGAUAAAAGGGAUAAGGAUGUAGGUAUGGGAUCGCUAGAGUCUUUGUCCAACGAUGGCACGUCAUUUGCAGCCUUUAUUUCUGGGAAAGUGGCGUUAGAAUUCAACGAGAGUUGCGUUUUAAAAUCGCCUGAUAUAAAUUGUUUGGACCUGGAGAAAGAGAGUGCUGAAUAUGUGGAGAUGAUCAAUAGCAUUCUAAACGAAUUGCAGACCGAUGGCGAGCCAAUAUAUCCCGGUAUUGUAGGUGUGCCUUAUUUCGUCGCUGCUCUGACAUUCCUGUCAACGUUGAAUGGCAGUUUGACGACGUUGAACUGUCCUAUUGUUGGGAAGAAUUCAAGCAGCAACCGUUUUCGUGAGGCCAACGAGAAAGAUGACCAGGCUUGGAUAUCCCCUCGUAGUUAUCGCUCGGAAAGUGCUGUGUCAGAUAUUCCUAUAAUUAAACCCAGAUUGGCUACUGUAGGUGUAUGGCAAGGUCGCGUGGCAUUCAUAUGGCAGAGUAUAGUUCACGAUCCUAGGUUCAACCCAUGUCCAACAUUGUUCCGCGCUAGUGUCCUUAAUUUUGGAAAACUUUUGAAGAAAUCUGGUAUUUUGUCUGAAAAGUGCAAGCUAUCUGUGUUUGACUCAAAUUUAUUAAAAUCUGUGGAUUCUAGAACCAGCGGAGAUGAUUUUCGUGACGGCACUGUCCCCGCACCGUAUAGGUCUAGUGGUCUUGGAAAUGGGUUCCUCCACAGUGCCGUUAAAGGUUCCGUUAUGGCGCCGUUUAACUGCAAAAAUGAAUUGGCGCCACUUUUAAUAAUCGAGUUGGCAUUAAGGUUGCCCUACUAUAAUAUGACUAAACUAUUUGACUCGCUUAUUUCCUUCGCAUCUGCCACACUGGGUUUCACUUAUUCAUUUACCGGUAAAUUGGGUGUUCGUCGCAAGCAUCAGGUUCGUGUGAUCCCUCAGUUGGUGAUAGUCGUUGACGGCAGUCAAAAUGCGAAUGGUGUUUCCAAAAUACCUGCAUUUAGUGAGCUCGAGGGCUCAGAGGAACAAGGUGAUGUGGCUGUGAACACACCGCCAGAACAUAACCUAGAUGGUGAAACAUCGGAUGAAGUACGACAAGCUGAAAACGAUACCCCGGAAGAUAUCGGGCUCACGCAGGUCAACGAUGACACCGAUAUCCUUGAACGCCCAAAGCUGGCGGAGGAGUCGGAGGAGACCCAUCUUACUCCUGCUGAGCAAUGUAUUCUUUUGGCACAUGCGUUGCACAUUCUACAAUCAGCUCCCGCCAACGACGAGCAUAAUUUGGAAUUUUUGAACGCUAUAGUGGUUCGUUGUUUGGCUUCCAAGGAAUGCGGUUCUUCGUGGUUGCUCUCUUCAGUAGCACUGUGGGUUCGUUGUAAGACAGAGUACCACCGAACGAAAACAGUGGAACGUGCUACGCUACAGCUACACGAGCUGAGCGAUUCUUACUAUGAAUCCACUGCUUCCCCUGGCCGUCGCCUUGAGUAUAUGUGGCACGUAUGGUCUCCUACUAGUUGGGAUAUAAAGCGUGAGAUUGCACGUCGUAUGUCAUCUAUAGGGUCAUUUUUGACCGCGUUCGAGAUCUAUAAGAAGCUACAUAUGUGGGAAGAUGCGAUUCAAUGCCUUAUUAUAGUGGGACGUAGGAAUGACGCUAAGGAGCUGAUUUUGCAACAUCUAAAUACCAAGCCUACUCCAUUGCUAUGGUGUUUCUUAGGUGACGUCGAGGGUGAUAUAUCACACUACAAAAAGGCUUGGGACAUUUCCGAUGGCCGUUGUGCACGUGCUCAACGUACUUUGGGCUCUUACUAUUACAAUAAAGGAGAUCUAUCGGCUGCAACAGAGGCUCUUGAAUUGGCACUUGCUAUAAACCCAAUGCGUGAGUCGUCCCAGUUUUUACUAGGAUGUUGCUACUUGAGGCAAGGUCAAUUUGAGCGUGCUGUUUCGGUCUUUGCUCGCGUGGUUGCUUUAAAUCCCUCGUGUCAUGACGCAUGGGCAAACAUGUGUAGUGCGCAUCUUAACAUAGGCAACCAUCGUGAGGCUACUUUGUGUAUCGAUCAAGCUGUGAAGCACAACCCUACUAAAUGGGAAUUUUGGGGAAUCCGUUUGAAUAUUGCCUUCCGGUGUCGUGACCUGCAGAAUUUAUGUCUCUCUAUCGAGAAAUUGAUCGAUUUGGGCAAGAAAUCUAUGAUAGAGCCUGCUAUGGUCGCUUUUAUUGUGGAGUCAUCGCAAAAGUUUCCUUCCAAUCAUGCAACUCAGCGCGUGUUGGCACGAACAUUGGAUUUGGUGACGAAACAUAUCACCGAUAACGCCGACAUUUGGCAUCUGUGCGCUCUAUACUUCGGCUAUCACAAGUGUUAUCCUGAAUCUUUGGAGUGUGCAUUUCGGGAAUAUCGAUCUAUCGAGAGCACGAUUGUGAGCAGUUUGAGCGAGGCAAAGGGUGACGCAGAAACGCAACGUGAGCAUGACGUGGCUCAAAUAAAGCGUUUGACAUCUUGCCUGGGUGCAUUAGUGUCACUAUUGAAGCGAUUAAGUGUGUCGGAUCGUCGUGAUAAGCGCGCUCUGGUGCUUGAAACUUUACGUAGUUUGCGGGAGCGUGUCCACUCGCGCAUCGAUGAAGUAAAUGCACAAUGGAGGAUGGAGGUGGACUCCUUGAUUGAGAGCGCUGAAGUAGAGGACGUUGUUUGCGUGUCUGAAUCCGGGCGCAUUGAUCCUGAGAGUAGGAUGUUUAUUAUGGGCAUCCCUACUCGUAUGGACACGAAUGCGCUUCGGUCCGAGAUCGAGCACUAUGGAGAUGUGGAGGUAUAUCUAUGUGAGAACUGUGAGGGUGACAAUGGCUGGGCGUUCGUUGGGUUUUCCAACCGUGAGGCUGUUGAACGGGUGUGUCGAAAAGUGAAAGCACGACCAGUCCGUGGCGGCGCCUGA